UGGCUGCUUUUCACCCAGUCACUUGGUGUCCCACGCCGCCUAUUUGAUCUUCUCCUUGAUGUAUGUCUCCAGUGCCGUCAGUCGCUUGUCCAUUUGUUUUUCCAUUUGUUCUUGGUGUGUCCGCAUCUCCCGCAAGGCUGAGGUGCAAAGCAAAUAAACACAGCAAUCAAUGCGGUGCAGAGAGUGUUCUGUCACCUCUGCCGCGUAUUGAUUGUCUGACUGCGUCCGUGUCUCACCUGCCAUGACGUCAGGUACGCUCGAGUCGUGAUGGUCUGCCGCCUCAAUCCACUUGUCGAUGCUGUCUUUGAAUCUGUCCCUUGCUUCGUCCCUUGCUUUUGUGGCCAGCUCCGGGCUGUCACUUUCGGUGGCCUCAAAAGUAAAACUCGGCCCCUACCCGAACAUUCCAGAGAAAUGAGAAGACUUCACAGUUCCCUGUCUUGUCUCAUCUCGCGUGUCUUGUAGCCUCACUUCUUGGACGAUGUCGCACAGAAGAAUAAAGGGCGUCAGGAGGACGAUGAAGGGAAAGCACAGUACAAAACAGUACCUCCCCCCCCGUAUCAUUUGUGGAAUUAGCUCCAGCAGUUUGUAAAUGGUCACGGGUGUGAAGGCGACAAAAUGUAGGAGUGCGUCGAUGGUGGAGUAGAGGGCUUUCAUCACACAGAAGGCAAUGCGGCAGAGUACAUAAUGACGUCGCCCUUGUCCGCUUAUGAGGGAGGCGAUGAGGGAGGCGAGAUAUCGCAAGGGCCCCGAGACGACCACAGCUGCACCGACACAGAGGUUACCCACAUGCCAUGGAUGCGGCUCAUGUCUUUUUGUCGCACUGACCGAUAAGGUUCAAUGGCGGCGGCAGUCUUUCGUGGUGCGGCAUUGUCAGGUACUCAUUCAACACUCGAAUCCGCAGCAGCCUGCAGAGGUGAGCGGAGAGAGAGAGCCGUUACAAAUUAGCCGCUGUCAUCUGUCUGUCCGUCUCCCUUGGUUGUCUUUACUUACUGGUAUUGGGAGCUUUGCUUCUCCUCAAUGGCCGCAUACGUCGACGCCUGACGCGCACAGAGAGACAGACACAAAGUGAGCCGCUGUGUGAUACCCUCUCGGGUCUGUCUCACCAUAAUCGCUAUGAGCAGAUUGAGCUAUUGAUGUGGGCAGAGAAAGGGAGAGAGAGAGAGAGAGAGAGAGACAAGACAAGAGAGUGCAUGAGUGCCAUUGGGUGGUGCUCUUGUACGAGUAUGAUGGACGAGAGGAUGACAUAGGUGAACAGCAGGACGGUCCCCAGCGUGUCGUGGCUCUCGAUGGCGUUGUUCAGCGCCUCAUUGAAGUCGCCCUGUCCGGCAUAGAAACUGCACAACACAAGAAGGCGGAAAGGGCAGGCAAAUUGAGGGCAGGUGUCCCCUUAUCUGUGUCUUCUCAUGGGCUGCCAUGCUCACAGUGUGAGUGUGGCUUUGGCGAAGGAGCCGAAGUACUGAUGGUCUUCGUCGGAUGAGAGGAUGGUGAAGACGCCCGCGCAGAUCAGCAGGAUGUAGACGUACAGACACAGAAACAUGCUGAUGUCCGAAAACAUCCUCACAACAGCGCUGACACACACACCGAGUGGCACAAGACCGCAUGAGACCCAUCUCCCUGUGGCUGUGUGUGUAGUUGGAUGGCUUUCUCACUGACAGUAUAAGCGGUCCGACGGUUGGAUGCAGGCUGGCGGGUUGGAGGAGGCGCAGGGCAAAGAGCAGCGCUAUGACGAUUCCUGAGCUCACUUCCGCCUCGGCGAGUAUCUCAAGAAGUGGACGGCAAUAAAGGCGAUGAUGGAGACGCCGCUUGCGAAAUCCACGUAAUUCCUUACAUUUGUGCACACACAUCAACAGUACAGAUGAAUUCGGGCACUCAUGGUACACCAUGCCCGAUAGUUUACCACAAGUCGGCCCAGUACGCUGCCUUCAGCCGGAUGCCCUGCACACACACACACAGGGGAUGGUGCAUGUCAGCCAUGUCUCGUCGUCUGUCUUACUUGGAAGGCUUCCUGCAUCAGGAAGCCCGUGCCCGUCAGCAGAGCCAGAGCCCCCCACAGCCACACCGACUGGCCCAUUACGGCCACCUCAAUCCCGCUGUUUCCUCGGAUCAACUCGAUGUGCAGCAGAACAAAGGCCACCCUGCAACGCAGAGAGACAGAAGAAGAGUUGCCAUGUGUGUCCGGCUCCAUCAUGCUGUUUGACUGCCGACUCACAUCAGCAGCAUUGACAGCACUCGGGUAAUGAAGACAUCUCGGGGCGCAAUCCGUGUGAGCGCUUUAUCUGAUGGUGGAUACCAGUGCUCUGUGACGAGGGAGAUGCAGUUGGCUGCCGCAACCAUUGCCAGAAGGAAGGAGGAGACACCAUCGAACUGACCGGAAAUGGCAAAUCCCUUGUGCGGGCUACCUUGUGUGACGACAGUGAGGGGCUCUGCAGACUCGAGCAGGGCAAACCACUCUCUUUCUUUGCCACGGAGUGACCGUCCGAAGUCCCCUGCGCUGGUAUCGCCGCAGAAAGUCGCUGUGAGCGCCUGCAGCGAUCGGAUGUUCAGAUGCAGAAGUGGAAGAUACUGUGCGUGUUAAGCAUUCUUUGCCUCCUGAAAGUUGGAGAUCUUCUCAAAGUCACUGCACGUUACACAUGCAGAGAUUCACAUUGCUCUUCCUUCCUCGCCAUUCACUCGUACUCUGUGAGGGAGUCGCUCGGUCGUGACUUGAUCAGUUUGCGGAAGAAGGCACACCAGCGAAGACUGUCGAGGCCCAGCGACUCAGAGCGGUCCUUCAGGAACCCCUUCGUGAAGGGCACCACCUCUUUGAGACGCUGAGCGUCCAUACCGUCAAUUUCCGCGCCUCGCUCGAGCAGCUUCAUGGCGACGUCCCCAGCCGCGACAACAAUCGCAGGGACGACUCUCGGUUGUUUCGCAAGGGCAAAGUCGAGAGGCGUCCUUCCGCCCUGCCAGAGUCAUAACCAGAAACAAUAUCGAUAUAUAGCUUGUCUAGGUGCGGUGCAGCCUACCGUGUUUUUGAUCUUCAAGAGCUGUGGAUCCUCCUUCAACAUCCACUCCACCACAUCGACAUGACCCCAGCCUGCAAAAGAGCGAAGAGAGACAUGUUGAAGACCCUUGUACUUGUGUUGUCGUCAUUUGAUGGAGUCACUGACCUGCUGCCUCAUGAAGAGGCGUGUCGCCAUGCUACAGACACAGCAUGAAGGCAGGAGUGAAGACAUCGGUUGACUAAUGGGCAGAAUGAGUGCAAUUGUCGAGGAAGAUACCCAGCUUUUCAGGCUGAGGAGGUGGUGCCGGUUGUCCAGCAGCACCUCAAACACCUCAACAUCCUUACACUCCCCUGAGGAGCACAAAGAUAGGGGGCACGCCAUCAUCUGUGUGUUGUGGUGCGACGAGGCGUACGUGCGGCGUCAUGGAUGGCAGACCCAUACCACCACUCUCCUCCAGUCGUCAGCGCUUUCUCGGUUUGCUCAGGCGACAGACCGACGAGGGCCUUCCGCAGGCCCUCCACAUCCGACUGAUCGAUGGCCUUCUUGAUGAGGUCUCUCAGUGCUCCCGUCGGUCCCCGAUCGUCGGCGGGCGGGGCACCCACCAACGGGACCUGCAGAUGACACACAGACGUCCGAGAGGCCUCAGAGUCGACUGACACCAACACACCUGCUCGAAGCGUCUCGGUGCCCUGGUGAUGUCAUCGGUGACGUCGGGCAGCUGGGGCUCCAUCAGCCCUUGUCCAUCGUCCAGCAGCAGAGGAAUGUGCUCACUCGAGGCCGACGCCAUCUGCAGUGGACAGACGCACACAGACACCACUCGUCAGAGGCAGGCGCUGGUCAUUGUGCAGAUGUGCCACAAGGGCAUUGCAAGGUGUCCUUGGGAUGGUCUGUCUGUGUGUGGUGGAUGGCCUGCUGUUCGGCAGCGUCGCCCUCGUCCACUCUCGGCAGCUGGAUGUAGCACGCCUCCUCAACACCACUGGGGCGUCUGUCGCCGUCUCUCACACUGUCGGCCUCCUGGCCCUGCGCGCGUGGGGUGCGCUGCGUGUGCAACAAACCCCACAUCUUCGCCACACGGGCUCCCCGAGACGCC